AUGGGCGACGUUCGACAACUACAGGAUGAACACGCGGCAGCCAUUGCGAAGGCGAGCGCACAAGAGCCGUCCAUUCAGGCCGUGACAUUGCAAGCCACUACUUCUGCUUCCGGAAAGAAUGUCACUAUUCUCGAACUGCCCACGGUCACACUCACUUGCGAGAAGGAUAACUUGGUUAUUCAAGAACAUGCCGCUGCCACCAAGAAGUCACUCACCCCUUCGCGCCGUCUCGCUCCCGGGUCCGUACCAUUCUACAACAUCCUCUGGGCCUACAUCACCCCCGACCGCAACUACCUCCGUAUCGACUUCGCCGAAGAGACCUCUCCCAAGAAACAUCAGCUCAUCGUCCGCCAACUCGAGUUCCCCCUCCCCUCAGCCUCUCUCCAAGGUCCCCGAGAGCGCGAGCCACUUCUCUCACCACCCUCCAUCCCUCCAGUCUCCGCCGCCACCUUAGACGCCUUUGUCGCCCACGUCCUUGACCUCGCCUACCCUGCCCCCAUCCAGCGCCGCAAGCGCGCCUGGGUGCUUGUCAACCCGCAUGCCGGCCCCGGCGGCGCCGACAAGAUUUUUGAAAAGAAGGUCCGCCCCAUCUUCGAAGCGGCGCGCAUGCCAUUGACCGUCGUGCGCACCACCUACUCCGGCGAAGCCGUCACCCUCGCGCAGGACCUGGAUAUUUCACAGUACGACAUCGCAAUCCCCUGCUCCGGCGACGGUCUACCGCACGAAGUCUUCAAUGGGCUCUCCAAGCGGCCCGAUGCCCGCAAGGCGCUUUCAAAGCUGGCAGUGUGCCACAUACCCUGCGGCUCGGGCAACGCCAUGAGCUGCAACCUCUACGGUACCCACCGCCCUUCGCUGGCGGCGCUAGCUAUCGUCAAGGGCGUCCCCACGAAGCUGGACCUGUGCAGCGUCACGCUGCAAGAUGGAGAGCGCCUGACGAGCUUUCUGAGCCAGGCGUACGGCUUGAUUGCCGAUUUGGAUAUCACUACCGAGCAUCUGAGGUGGAUGGGUGCGGCAAGGUUUACGUAUGGCUUUCUGACGCUGGCCAUCAGGAAGAAGACGUAUCCGUGUGAUGUGGCGAUGAAGGUGGAAAUGGGCGGGAAGGAGGAGAUUAGGGGGCAUUAUGCGAGGGGAGUGAAGGGGGCGAAGAGUGAGGUUGGGAAUGGGGAGGCUAGCGGGGAUGGGGAGGAGGGUGGUAGUAACGAUGGGGAAGGAGAGGGAGAGGGAGAGGCAAUGCCGGGUUUGAAGUAUGGAACGGUGAAUGAUAAGUUGCCGGAGGAUUGGGAGGUGGUUCCGCAUGAAAAGUUGGGGAGCUUUUACUGCGGUAAUAUGGCCUACAUGGCCCCAGACGCCAACUUCUUCUCCGCCGCCCUCGCCAACGAUGGUUUGUUGGACCUCAUCACCACCGACGGCGACAUCUCUCUCUGGAAGAACAUCAACCUCCAACUCUCGGUCGAAUCAGGCCACUUCUUCGACAACCCCUUGGUUUCCUAUCGCAAGGUCUCCGCUUUCCGCUUGACACCCCGAUACCAGGACCCGAAUGGAGUCAUCAGCAUCGAUGGCGAAGCGCGACCGUUCGCUCCCUUCCAGGUGGAGGUACACAAGGGCCUGGGGCUGACCCUCAGUAAGAGGGGUGUGUUCGAAGCGCCUGGACCACAUGGAUGGGACAAGGUUACAACGACGGAAAGGUUGAUGGCCUAG